GUGGCGGACUGACUUGUCCUCGCCAUGUCUUCCCACAAGACUUUCAGAAUCAAGUGCUUCCUGGCUAAGAAGCAAAAGCAGAACUAUCCUAUUCCUCAGUGGAUUCAGAUGAAAACUGGCAAUAAGACCAGGUACAACUCCAAGAGGAGACACUGGAGAAGAACAAAGCUCGGUCUAUAAGGAUUCCUCUAAGAUGCGCACAUGUUUAUACUGGGAUAGACUGCUAGUAUUUUGAGUGAAGCACUGUUGUCUUGCACACUUGAUUAGGACCCCACUCGGCCUUGUAUCUCUUCCUGUCACCUGACUCAGUAAUAAUAAAUAUGUGAGCUAUUCAAAAAAUAAAAUAAAAUAAAAUACUUAACCACUACACAAGGCUCUGAUGCCAGCACCACAUGGGAAACACCGUGCGUACCACUGAAUGAGUUCCAUGGAGGGUAGAGGGGUACUCUGCUGUCUCUCCCUCCUUUCUGUCUCUCUCCCCUUCCUCUCUCUAAAAUAAGAAUG